AUGUCCGAUCCGCUUUCUGUGGCGGGGAGCGCGGUCGGCAUCAUUUCGCUGGGUAUACAGGUCUGUCAAGGCCUGAUAUCUUACAUUCAAUCCCUCAAAGGACAAGAUCAAGACAUACAGGAUAGUCUGAACGAGGUUCAAACUAUCAUAUCAAUCCUAUACUCGUUGAAGGGUAUUUUACCAAAGAUCGACAAAAGCUCAGCUGAAACACCAGCCCUUCGUCGGUGCUUGGCCGAGAGUGAAGCAAAGCUUCGUGAAUUCCAGCAAUUCUCGCUCAAGCUCCGUGGUGCGGAAAGUACAGAUCAUGAUGUGUUGAGAAAGAUGGAUAGUGCCAGACGUGCGCUAUUAUAUCCGUUGCGGGAAGGAAAACUGAAAUCACUUUGCCAAUCAUUGAAGGGAUUGCUUCAGAAUUUGAGUCUCGGUCUGGAUUUAACCUCAUUGGACAUUGUAGCCGGAAUCCAUACUAAUGUUGAGGACCUUGGAAAUGCUUUCAAAGACCAAGGCGCAAAUGUGGCCAAGAUCUCUGAUCAACUUCAACUCCUAGACAACAGCAUGGAAUCCUGCUAUAAGGAUUUGAAGACUGAAAUAUCUCAGGCUCAAAUGUUUGCGCAAGAUUUGCGACAAAAGAUUGGUGGACAGCUGACGCUGAUCAAGACUGACGUUGGCUCUCUUUUGUCCAUCAAUCGACGCCAGCAAGAAGACAUAAAUGAAUGUUUUAUGAAAGCUUUGGACGAGCUUAAACAACAAAAGAACUUUGAGAAUGAGUUGAUACGAACAACGCUGAAUUCCGUUAAAGGGUAUGGAUAA